UCGACCUACGGUCCUGCCAGCUCUUACUCGCAAUAUGGCUAUCCUAGCGGUGUUGCCUCGUCCCAGGCCCCGCCACCCCGCCAUCAACAUCGAUGAGCAGCCAGGUUCCUGCUCAGUUGCUGCCUUUGCCUGUCAACAGCCACACCGUAACAGCACCUGGUUAUGGCAACACCUCAGGAACGCCGAUGCAAGGGUUCGUCUAUGAUACCACUGGACAGUUGGCGCCCCCAGGUGCCAAGCCGCGGGUCACUGCCACCUUGUGGGAAGAUGAAGGGAGCCUCUGUUACCAGGUAGAAGCUAAGGGAGUCUGUGUUGCGCGCAGAGAGGAUAACCACAUGAUCAACGGUACCAAGCUGCUCAACGUGGCUGGUAUGACUAGAGGUCGUCGGGACGGUAUCCUCAAGAGCGAGAAGGUCCGCCACGUCGUGAAGAUUGGCCCUAUGCACCUGAAGGGAGUGUGGAUUCCCUUCGAGCGCGCUCUGGAGUUUGCCAACAAGGAAAAGAUCACCGAUCUACUCUACCCCUUGUUCGUGCACAAUAUCGGUGGUUUGCUGUACCAUCCGACCAACCAGACUCGCACGAAUAUGGUCGUGCAGGAAUCACAACAAAGGCGACUGGAGGGCCCACCAUCCGCGCGAACCCCCCAAGCCUCUCAGCCGCCAGCUCUGCACCACCAUCACUCCAUGCAGACCUCCAUUCCCUCUCAAAUGCCUCAACCACCUACAAUGUCCUCGCAGCCUGGUGCUCGUCCUCCGCUGGACCGAGCACAUACGUUUCCCACUCCACCCGCCAGCGCCUCCAGUCUCAUGGGCCUCUCAAACCAGAGUAGCUCGUAUGACUGGAAUAACCAAGGCAUGAACUCUGGCGUACCAAACACUCAGUCAUUGUCAAUCGAUACCAGUUUGAGCAACACACGGUCGAUGCCCACGACUCCAGCGACGACGCCUCCCGGCAACAACCUGCAAGGCAUGCAAUCGUACCAGAGCCAAUCCGGGUAUGACACUUCAAAACCGUACUACUCGACUGCUCCUUCGUCGCACCCGCACUAUGCUCCACAGCAUUCCCUGUCACAGUAUGGCCAGACAAUGCCGUCUCAUUCUUACAUCAAGAAUGAGAUGGCACCACCGGCGGGACGGGCCCCGGGAGGACAGUCGGAGACUGAAACUUCGGAUGUCAAGCCUGCGGACCGGUACUCACAGAGCAAUGGACACGUUGCUCCUGGGGCGGGCGAGUCUGGCCCUGAGCACGAGUCGGACUACGUGCAACAUGACAAUACGGGUUACGGCGCUCCUCGGACUUCAUACACCUAUACCACCAACACAUCGGUUGGUAGUCUCGCGGGCGAGCACUCGCAGCUGACAAACGACAUCACCGGCUCUCCGCAGCAGAACGGGUCUGGACGUAUGACCCCACGGACAGGUGGCGGGCCUCCUCCGCAAUGGGCGUCGGGUUACGCAUCUCCUCGACCAACCGCUGCCAGUAGUUUGUAUAACAUUGUCAGCGACACUCGCGGGUCAUCGAACGGAGCCGGCUCAGACAACUACACUGUGGCUUCCAACUCAGCGCCGACAUACUCCAUGGGUGGAUCGUUGGGAUCUGGCAAGCGGGGACGGGAAGACGACGACAUGGGCCGGCCAGACAGCCAGGGAGACUACGAAAGCAAGCGCCGACGGACCAAUGAAACGACAGUUGGCGGACCAGUUGGCGGAGUGCUCCUGGGACUACAGCCGAUGAAAGCCGGAGGUGCUAUGCCUCGUCGUCGAUGAUAUGCCAUAGACUGAAGACAACUCGAGUAAUAGCCGAUUUGGCUUCCGACUUCGCAUUCGUUUAUCUGGUUGUUCAGGGUAAAGAAGGUUAGAAAAGGGGA